CUUUCUUCUAAAAUAAGGACAGGCUGGGCGAUCCUAGUCUGGGAUAUGUAGAAGGGAUUCGAUCAACCAUCGGAUGAGAAGGGAGGUGGCCAACCUCCAGGGUUCUCCCAUCUCUGCAGUUGAGAAGUGCCUGUGUGCCCCUCUCCCUGUCACCGCCUCUUAACUCUUUCUCACCAAUCCUUUUUUUCUCACAGAUCUUUGGAGAACUCAUCACAGUUUAAGUUUCUGUAUCAAGGCACCAUUCUCUUACAGAUACGUUUUUUUAAAAAAUUCUGCUUUCCUGUAAGAUUCUUCAUUUCUGUUUGGCACUCUUGCUACUUCGGCUUUCGCCCUUAGGAGUUUCAUAAUAAUCUAGGAGAGUUACCUAUAGGCUAUACUUCGGGUGGUGUUUGAAUUUUUGAAAACGGCGAUUUGAAUUUUUGAAAACGGCGAAGGGAUAUGGAUUGGACAAAGAAAAACAAAUCAAUAUUUUAGCUCUGUUUCUGCCAUUUUAGAAUACAAACUAUGGCAGUAAGAAAAAUGCUUGAGGGAUGUUGUACAAUAUUCCUCAGGAUCUUCAGGGUUGAGAUCAUUAUAAUCUAGGUGACAUAACUGAGUUCCACGGGCCCAGAGGAGAUUUAGAAACAGGAGUAUAUAUUCUGGGGAAAUAUGGACAGAAGAAAAUCAGAGAAAUACAGGAAAGGGAGGCUGCGGAAUACAUUGCCCAAGCACGACGACAAUAUCAUUUUGAAAGUAACCAGAGGACUUGCAAUAUGACAGUGCUGUCCAUGCUUCCAACACUGAGAGAGGCUUUAAUGCAGCAACUGAAUUCUGAGAGCCUCACAGCUCUGCUAAAAAACAGGCCUUCAAACAAGCUAGAAAUAUGGGAGGAUCUGAAGAUAAUAAGUUUCACAAGAAGUAUCGUGGCUGUAUACAGUACCUGUAUGUUGGUUGUUCUUUUGCGAGUCCAGUUAAACAUAAUUGGUGGAUAUAUUUACCUGGAUAAUGCAGCAGUUGGCAAAAAUGGCACUACAAUUCUUGCUCCCCCAGAUGUCCAACAGCAAUAUUUAUCAAGUAUUCAACACCUUCUUGGAGAUGGCCUGACAGAAUUGAUCACUGUCAUUAAACAAGCUGUGCAGAAGAUUUUAGGAAGUGUUUCUCUUAAACAUUCUUUGUCCCUUUUGGACUUGGAGCAAAAACUAAAAGAAAUCAGAAAUCUCGUUGAACAGCAUAAGUCUUCUUCUUGGAUUAAUAAAGAUGGAUCCAAAUCUUUAUUAUGCCAUUAUAUGAUGCCAGAUGAAGAAACUCCAUUAGCAGUGCAGGCCUGUGGACUUUCUCCUCGAGACAUUACCACUAUUAAACUUCUCAAUGAAACUAGAGACAUGUUGGAAAGCCCAGAUUUUAGUACAGUUUUGAAUACCUGUUUAAACCGAGGUUUUAGUAGACUUCUAGACAAUAUGGCUGAGUUCUUUCGACCUACUGAACAGGACCUGCAACAUGGUAACUCUAUGAAUAGUCUUUCCAGUGUCAACCUGCCUUUAGCUAAGAUAAUUCCGAUAGUAAAUGGACAGAUCCAUUCAGUUUGCAGUGAAACACCUAGUCAUUUUGUUCAGGAUCUGUUGACAAUGGAGCAAGUGAAAGACUUUGCUGCUAAUGUGUACGAAGCUUUUAGUACCCCUCUACAACUGGAGAAAUGAUUUUUCCUUCAAGAAAAACUACAGUGGGAUUCAUUUACUUUUUAAAAAACACUGGGUAAAUCACCUAUACCUAGAGUAACAAUUUGUUAUAAAAUGCCUGAUAAAAAUAUAUUCUUAAUAAAAGUCUUCAUUUCAUAAUGAAAUCAAUUUAUUUGGCAUCUUAAUAUAUUUUUUUAGAUUCAUCAACAGACCAGUUUUUGUGGACAUAUAUAUGUACACAUGUGCAAAUAUCAGAAUUGUUAACAAUUUGUUACACAUGGACAUUAGUUCCAAACUGACUAAACACCAAUGUAGAUAUUUUUAUAUAUAUAAAAUAUGAAAUGCCAUGUACUUCACCAUAUUAAUACUGAAGAAAAAUCUGUUGGGGACAUAGGUCUAGGAUGUGUGAAGUUUGGAAAAAUAUGCUAUUUAAUCAUAAUUCCCUAGACUGCUGUAAACAGAAGUGAAUCAGACUUUUCUACAGCUACCCUUCAAAAUAAUAAAUUAUUUGUCUCAAAUAUACUUUGAUGGGGGACUUUUUGCUUCUUAUGGAAAUCAGUGAAUUUCAACAACUAUGACGAGCUAUUUUUCCUUUGAUAUUUCUUCACUGUAAUUCUUAAGGUUUUAUUGAUAAGCCUUAGAAAGUUAUAUAUUGAUUUAGAGGCUAAAAUUGUGUUGAUGCUGUUUACUCACCUAAUUACAUAGUUUUAUUCAUUUGUAUGUACAUAAUUUUAAUAACUUACUUUGUAUUGAUUUUGAAUACAGUGAAUAUCUUAUUGCAAUAAACUAUUUUAGUAAAAUA